UCAAAAUGCUAAACUUGUUAUCCUUAAGAGUACUGUAUCUCAUAUUAUUUUCAAUUAAUUUUGCACAAACUAUUGUUGAAAAUAAAUUUUGUGAGAAAGCAGAUGAAUAUGGAAAUAAUGAUAAGCAAUGCAAUGUUCAAUCACGCUAUUCACGAAAUCGUUAUAUACUUUACGAUAUCAAUCCACCGGAAGGUUUCAAUCUUAGAAGAGAUGUUUACAUUCGUAUUGCAGUUUUUAUAAAAAACGUAAUGGAGCAAGAGAAGGAAUUCAAUUGGAAAUUAGUUUUGCCUCCAUGGGGUAAUAUGUACCAUUGGCGAAGUAAGCACAUAGGAUCUCAAACAAAAUUGCCUUGGAAUAUAUUUUUUGAUAUUGCAAGCUUACAAAAAUAUAUACCAGUUAUUGAAAUGUAUCAAUUUAUACAAGGUAUAAUUCUUAUUACUUUCUUGUCUCUCGCAAAUAUAAUAAGUAUUUACUUUUUAGAGUAUCCUUCGGAUAAUGAAGAAACCCAACUUGAUGUUGUAUAUAUUCUCCAAAAUGAUGAAGAAAUGUUUAAAACAGGAGAAUUUAAAGAUAAAAAUGAAGUAGUAGAAUGUGAGGAUGAGACUUUAUGGUACAGUAAAUUGAAAUCUACAAAAUAUAAAGGAUACUUUUGGGGAUAUGAUAAUGUAACUUCUGAAGCUGUUAAGUGUGUUGUGUUUCAUGGCAUGAUAUCAGAUCUUCAAAGAAAUCUUAAGCCUACAAUUUACAGAUCUGUAAUGUUUGAUCGCAUGGAAAUUGCUUUACACAAUGUCUAUGGGUCACAAGAAUAUUGGAGAGCUAGACGUAGUAUGCGAUACAAUUCUGAAUUGUAUAACAUUGCAAAUAAAUUCAGAAAAGAAUUUCUGAACUCAACAGAUGAGGAUGAUAACACCAAGCGACCAAACGAUUGGACUAAAGAAAAGAAUAGAAGAAAUGCAAUUGGAGGGCCAUAUUUAUCAGUUCAUUUGAGAAGACGCGACUUCUUAGUUGGUCACUCUUCAACAGUACCAACAAUAAAAUCAGCUGUGUCUUACUUGAGAAAAAAGAUGGAUGAACUUGGAUUAAAAGUUUUAUUUGUUGCCACAGAUGCUGCAGAGGAAGAAUUUAAAGAACUUGAAAAAUACUUGUUCGAUCGCACAGUUCUUAGAUUUAUUCCAUCAGAUUAUAUAUUGAAGAAAUUUAAAGAUGGCGGAGUUGCAAUUAUUGAUCAAAUAAUAUGCUCCUAUUCCAGGUAUUUUCUAGGAACAUAUGGAUCAACUUUUACAUUUAGAAUACAAGAAGACAGAGAGAUCAUUGGUUUUCCCAGUAAAACAACAUUUAAUAUUUUAUGUAAAAAUAAUAAAAAAUGUGACUCUAACGGCCAGUGGGAAAUCGUUUGGUAAUUGUACGAAAAUGUAAAUUAUAUUUGAAUUAAUUAAAUCGAUUGAACGAC